AUGCAUAUCCUUGUCGCCGAAGACAACGCCGUCAUCCAAAAGCUAUUAUUGCGCUUCCUCCACCGUCUCGGCUGUACCGUCGCAUUCGCCAACAAUGGCCAGGAGGCUCUUGACUAUCUCUCUGCGUCACCGACCACCCAUCCUCGUCCCAGUAUCAUACUGAUGGAUACCGCAAUGCCCGUGAUGGGCGGCAUCGAAGCAACAAACAUCCUCCGCACCCAAGCACCUUUCACGAAAGACCAUAAUAUAACUACGACGCCGAUCAUCGCCAUGACAGCACACAUUUACCGACCUCAAAUUGACGGGGGAUUGUGGAGGGAGAGGGGCUUCGACGACGUUCUGCUGAAGCCCCCGCGGCCCGCGAAACUGCGGCAGAUGAUCCUCUACUGGUCGAGAAGGAGAGUUAUGCCGAGACAUGGAGAUUUGGCAGUUCCAAGAACUGGUAACAUGGUUCCUCUUUCGCCAGCCGGGGCACCAUGGGGACCUUCUCCCUUGAGGGCUUUCAAGGGGCCCAGGUCGCUGCUCUAG